AUGAAGGAGUUUAACGGCAUUUCUCGUGGACAGAGAGCUCGGGAGACUCUGGAGCAGCUGCUGGUGCAACGCAACUAUGAGUUUCUGCACACCGAUAUUGUAAAUGGAAUCCAAUCCCAGUCGUCUCGUCUCAGUGCCGUCUGGCUCUUCGUAUGGGUGCAGCUCAUGCGACAUGAGUCCGCAGGCGUGCGGUUGAUCCUCACCAUGUUGUUGCUGCUGCUGCUGUUGAUCCACCAGUACGCCGUCAUACGGAUAUUUGACAUAUUGAUGAGCGAGGAUUGGACUCCCGUACUGUACAGUUACUACACGCGAAAUGAGACAGCCCUAUUCGAGGAUCUCACGGAGCCCUCUGAAUUUGCGAGAGCGCAAAUGGAACGACGGCCCUGGAUCUCCAAGAUACUGCUGAAAUACGCGUUCGUGUUGAAAGGGUCGCUCUUCAAGCGUUUGCUCGCUUUCGCCUCUGAAAUGCCGGAGACGCAGACGGUGGAACUGGUGACGGAACUGCUAGCCGAAUUAAGCGUCACACUGCUUCACCUGGGCCUCAUAUCCGGCUCCACUCGGAGCAGAGCAGAGAGGGUGUCCAUCACCGGAGACCCACUGUCUGGCCACGGGCUGGUGCUUAAUCCUCCAGAAUUAACGGCGGUCAUCGCAUUUAUCACCUCGCGGCCGGGAUCAACAUCGGCUCCGCUGAAGCUCUCGAAAGCAACCCUGCUCACCGCGUUCGCUCCCUUCAGGCUGGUGCAGCUCUGUCGUGACGGCUCGGAUAUGGGCAUUUGCAAAGCGGCGUGGAAAGUCGUUUACACGACCAUUAAGCACCAUCCCGGUACAGUGGAAGUGCUCAUUGCCAACAAGAUCUUCUUGCUUGAGGUCAAUGAUAGCCGGCGCAAGGCCAAAGGCCUCAAAGUCCCAUUACGGGAAGACCCGCGCACGUUAGACAAGGACCUCAAGCUGCUUGUGGGGUUCUACCUGGAGAGGACUGCUUUCAUCAAGGUGCACAUGAUCUACAAGCAGUUCGGCGAUGAAUACCCCGGAGCCAAGUUCCAUCAACUGGCCUACUUCUAUAACACCAUCGCCACGUGCUCUGCUUGUGCUUCCAUCCUCAAGUUCGCCUCCAAGAACGAAGACUACCUCCAAGGUGUCCAAAAGAUGAAGUCCUUCUUUGAGCACAAAGCCGUAUCACGCACCGAGAGGCCACACUGA